AUGGAAGAUAAUCCACUCAGAGACAUCCCUUCCUUCCAAUAUGGCGGACACGGUCUCAGUACGCCUUCAGCACACGACCGACCAAUCUUGGAAAGAGUAAGCCGACCCUCCAACGGCAACACCGAGGACUCCAACCGUGACCCACCAUCCAGGACUUCCCCAGAGCCGGCCCAAGCCCAGACCGAUUCGCAAGGACACUACGUUGGCUCCUCGUCUGGCGUGUCCUUCCUGAUCCGAAUCCAAAAGCGCCUCCACCAGAAUACACCUACACCGCAGGACUCCUCGAUAUUCGCCUGGGGCGACUCGCCUUUAGCAGACUUCGACCCGACCUUCUUCGUGCUGCCGCCAAAGCCGGACGCGCAGAGACUCGUAGAGCGGUACUUCGACUAUGCGGCGCCGACACAUCGGUUUAUCCACCGACCGACGAUUGAGAAGUGGGUACACGAGUUCUACGAGACGCAGGGCGAUAUGCACGCCAAAGAAGACGCGGCGGCGAAGACUGCUCUCCUCCUCAUCGUUUUCGCACAAGCACAAGCGUAUAUGCCACCUGGUAGCACGACACGGGAGAACAGUGCGCGGUACUUUUUCGCGGCGGAUCACCAAUUAUCGAAGGAGCGUGGUGCGGUAAGGCUGGCGAGUGUGCAGGCGCGACUUCUGCAGUGCUUCUACCUGCUUACACAGUCGAGGAUCAAUCACUGCUGGUCGCUGUUUGGAACGACGUCGCAUCUUGCGCUUGCAAUUGGGUUAAAUCGCGGGAGGAGGUAUGCUCCGUCUGCAACGAUCGACUACGUGGAGUUGGAGAGCCGGAGACGAACAUUCUGGGUUGCGUACUCGCUUGACAAGUACCUCUCCGCUGCUCUAGGACGGCCGCGGACGUUCAAGGACGAAGACAUCGAUCAGGAAUUACCGACUGUGGUCAAUGACGCGGAUCUGCAUCCGCAGUUCAUAUCGCCAUCUACAUCGAAGAGUCCGUCGCAUAUGAUGGCGCCUGUAGAGCAUAUCAAACUUACACGUAUCGUGUCCCUCGUCCUGCGGGAUCUCUACUCUAUUCGGCCCCCAUCUCUCGACCACCGUAUUCAACUCUCUGCGAAAUACACCGCCGACUUAGAUCGCUGGCGGGAGUCGCUCGGACCCUUCCUCGACGCUGCGGGUAUCGAGUCCUCGCUGCUCAUCCCCAUCUACCAGCGUCAACGCGGCGUAUUGAACCUGGCAUACUACCACGCGAUGCUCUUAAUCCACCGCCCGUUCCUGCUGAGCAACUUUGCAAAGCUGACAGGCAUACGGAGCCAUCCAAGCUACCAGGCGCCGGCGGACACGAGCGCGAACAUUGCUAGGUGUCUGGAUGCGGCAAUGAACAUCGUCAGGGUUGUGGAUGAUGUGUUCACUUCAUCGAACCUGUUCCGGGCGUUCUGGUUUACGCAGUACUACGCAUUCUGCGCUGUGGUCGUGCUGUACAUCUACCGCAUCAGACAGCAUCUCCUUACCCCAGGACAGUGCGAGCCGUACUUUGCCGCAGGCGAGAAGUGCCAGAGGCAGCUGGAGAGCAUCAGCGAGACAGACUGUCUUGCACGAAGAUACUGUGUGGUACUCGAAGAGCUGAGAUUGGAGGCUGUGAGGCAGGCGAAUCAGCAGAGUCGCUCUGAGGCCGGUAUUACGGAGCCAUCACCUCUCCCCAUAGCUGGCACUAGUGCGACGGAGCAGAAUCAGCCAAGCUCGACGGCUUUGACAAUACCAGAGACGACGUCGCAGAGCGGAGCAAGUCCGGAUAUGGCCGCAUCUUUCUACAGUAACGGCAACGUGCCGCAGACGCCAGACAGUACGAUGUUCAACUCGAGCUAUCUACCGUCGAACAUGGCAGACCUGACAAGCUGGGGCCAGUUCGACAGUCUCGUGACGGCCGGCAUUGGGAUCUUCGACGGCGGCUUUCAAGCAGAUCAAAAUUUUGGCUUUGGUUUCAAUAUGUGA